CCGUUGUAACGCCUGGAAGUUUUCAACCUUGAAGCAUUGUAGCCGGAAGAGAGAAGAAACCAAUUACUAACUUUAAAAAGAGAAAGAUGCAUGAUAUCAUUGAGAAUGGAAAGAACAAGAAAUGGGUGGUGUGCAAGUUGUGUGGAUCAAAAGUUCUACGACCUUGCUCGGCCAGUCACGAAGAAAGAGAGCUAUUCUUGCCUUUCAUGCAGAAAAAGAAGGACUUUGCUGGCGCUGAAGAACAUCAAGGUGAAAUCCUUAAAAAACACUGGAUGGUCUCAGAUAUGUUCACUUUCGAAAAUGUUGGCUUUUCAAUGACUGUGGAUUCAAUCAAAUAUUUAGCUUGUGCUGAUUGUGAGUGUGGACCAAUAGGAUGGCACGACAUUAAUGACAAGACGAAGUUUUAUGUUGCUGUUGAACGAGUAGGACAUCAAGAUUUCUCACAAUAGCUACCCAGCAUUUGGCACAGGAUAUUGUUUGACAUGAGUGAUUCCUCAGAUUCGUUUUGUCAUUUUCUCCCUUAUUAGUAAUUUGACAUAAAUAUUGUGCCAAUCAGUUACAAGCGUCAACAUUCCCCCUCCCCUCUUGGGCAACCCUCAGGUACUUGACUGUUGUCCAUGCCUGGGGGGGUUGGGGAAUUUGAAUCUUGCCUGGGUAGGUUGGGGAAUUUGAACUGGAACUGUCAAAUCUUUCCAGCAAAUAAAUGUGUUUUACCUUUUAACAUGGAGAUAUAAUUAAAGGUAAAAAGUUCACUUUCACAAGCAAAUGGCUCAUGAAAAAAGGUCUACAAGGACAUCGGGGUUGCUAAUCUUGCCUUUUACAAAAAAAUUGACGAUUGACUCUGGCACUUGGCACGGGUGGGACAUUUGAACACAAUUUUAGCCCUGAGGGGCCAGGAAUUUGAGUGGACUAAUCUUCAAAAGCUCAAAUGCUUGGGGAGUUGCUCGGAACAGGGCUUCAAAUUGAUUCACACAUUACAUCCUGACAAGGUGUUCAAAGUACACACAAUGGUGUUAAUCUAUCUUAUUUCAAAGUUAUGUACGUUUUACCUCCGGUAAUCAUUUUUUACAAUUUUCUGAGUUAGUUUGUAUGAAUAAAGCUGUCAACUUCACAAAUAGAUAUUCCAUGUUGCCACUGGUGUGUUCAGAUGAUCUAAAGAUGCAGUAAGAACAAAAAAAUGGCUUCCAAGACACAGCCGAGUGGCAGUGAUGUUCUUAAAUCAUUCUGAUGUCUUCAGUGACUGAUUACUUAACAGAUGCUCAGUAACAUGGAAUCUAUUUGUUUUUCAUAAAUAAGGAAAAAAGUUUUCAAUGGUGACAUUGUCUAUGCAUCUGUUAUUAAAUAUAUCAUAAGUAGUAACAAUCAAAGUGCAUGUUAGAUUAAGCAUAUAUAAUUUUGCAUAGAUAGCUUGUUUGGCAGAUAUUUUUUGUAAUUUUCUCAGUUGCUAGUAAUUUAACAUUAUAUUUGAAGAGUUCAAAGUGUGCAUGAUAAUAUUAAUUCGCUUCUUUCAGUGCCAUCAACUUUUUACUUUUGGUAAUGUUUUACAACUUUGAGUUAGUUUGUAUAAUUACAGCUGUCAAUUCAACAAAUAGAUUCCCAUGCAUGGGUUCGGUAACAGAUCACAGAUGUUGUAAAAAUGUGUUGAGAACAAGAAAGUGGCAGGUUAGGUACAGCUGGGAGAGUCCAGCUGUUCUUACCACAUUUCGACACAUCUGUGAUCUACUAUAGACCCCACAUGGGGCAACAUGGAAUCUAUUUGUUUUAUAUAAUAAAGAAGCAAAAAAUUGUUAA